AUGAGUAACUUUUGUAGAGAAGUCAUCACUCUCCAGCUGGGACAUUAUUCAAACUUUGUUGGGACUCACUGGUGGAAUUUACAGGAUGCAUCUCUAUCAUAUGAUCCAGAGACGCCACAGGGUGAGAUCCAGAGUGAUGUCGUGUUUCGUGAGGGACAGACUCUGGGCGGACAUGUCACCCACACACCUCGCCUCAUUGCCAUGGAUCUCAAAGGAAGUCUUCGGACUCUACGGCAGGAGGGAAGUCUGUACGAGUCUGGCAAAGACACAACUGCUGUCACAUGGGAGGGAAAUCUCAUGAUGCACAAAGAAAGUCCUCCGGAGAAGAACUCCUUUCUUGAAGAUCUGGACAAGUUGGAUAGAGGGGAGAUCCUGGCCGAAGCUGAUUUUUAUUCCAGUUCCCAGCCUCAAUGCUCAGCAGGUGCAGUGAGCGUGGACACUGUGAACAGUCAGCUGGCUCGGGUCCAAAGGGGCUACAGACUGGAGGGCAGCGUGAAGGUGUGGUCCGACUUCCUCAGGAUUCACCUGCAUCCUCGCACCAUCUCUGUCAUCCACCAGUACAACCAUGACGGGGAGGCUCACCGUCUGGAGGCUUACGGCCAGGGAGAAGCUCUCCUGCAGGGGGCGGUGCUCGAGGAGCUGGAGGACAAACUACACUUCUUUGUAGAGGAGUGUGAUUACCUUCAGGGUUUCCAGGUGUUGUGUGACCUGGCUGAUGGCUUUGCCGGCCUGGGGUCAAAGGUCACAGAGCUGCUGCAGGACUCCUAUGGCGGGAGAGGCAUCCUAACCUGGGGGUUAGCGCCUGUCAGUCACCCAAAUUCAACUCCAAUGAAAGACCUCUACCACAUGUUGAACUGCACAUUAGGGACAGUCCACAUGGCCAGUCACAGCUCUUUCUUCUGCCCGUUGACCCUGCGUGGUGGACUGGGCAGACGACCCUCUGCUCCCAUAGCAUUCCCCUACCUAACCUAUGAUCCCUCACUGUGGUAUCACUCCAGCUCUGUGCUAGCUUUGGCCCUGGACGCCCUCACUCUGCCUUACCGGCUGAAGAACAACAGCGUCCCCAUGUGGCAGGUGGCCGACACGCUCGCUGUAUCUGGGAGAAAGGUGGUGGCUGCUUAUGGUGCUGUCCCCUUUCCCAUGAUGCACGGCAGCUCUCUCCCCGACGCCCUGAGAGCCUACACAGAUGCGUUGCCCUGGAAACCUCUAUCAGCUUGCCCUGAACCCGGCGACGGUCGAUGUUAUGGCCAGUGGGCAGCACUCAAAGGCUACGAGGGCCAGAGGCUAAUCAGCUCUCUAGCUCCAGGGACUCAACCACCCACUCCUCUGCACAGCCUCCACAGUGGGGAAGAUGUCCUGACUUCCUACAUCAGAUCUUUCUAUCCUACAGCUCCCCUGGCUCUGCAGUUGGUGUCUUCACCCAGUAAGCUGACACCACCUUUCCCUCAGAUAUUCAGUCAGUCCCUCGAUGCUCAGGGUUUCCUGCAGAGCCAGCCUCCUCCGCCUGGCUCUCCGCCCCCUGUGGUCUCCUCUGCACCCGUCAUGACCUCCCUCCACUCUGGGCCUGCACUCGGCUCGUGGCUGUCUGAGCUACACCGUGGUGUCAGCGCUUUAGACAUUCGCCGCGUGGCCCCCAGCUUCCUUUCCCAGGGGCCUGAAAUGGCCGACUACCAGGAGGCAUUGGAGCAGCUGCGCCUACUGGCCCGGUGUUACCGUGAUGACAGCGGUGGGGUGAUGCGCUCCUCCUCAGAAGAGGAUGAUGAUGACUGACACUGGCAGUCUUUUGGGCAAUGAUCUGGAUCGACUGAAGGCUGCUAACCUGACUAGCACGAGCCAGUCUGCUUUUGUUUGCCAGCCUGCAUGUGCUCAGAGACACACACAGUGAUGAAGAGGAGCUGUGCUCUAAUGUGUGAAGGACCAGGACUGAAUUACAUGGAAACAGAAAGAGGUCAAAAGUGUGUGAUGAGUUGAAACAGACACAAGUGAGGGAAUAUUAAACGGUUUAAAGUGGGGCUGUUUGAGGUGCUUAUCUGUAGUCAGGGUGUUAUCUACGGUAGGUGUUGGUCUGCAUUCCCCAUUUGGAGAAGCAGGCAUAAGUAGCGACAUGGAAGCUAAGUGACAAACUGCUGUGGACGGGGGCAGCAGCUAAACAUCUUUUAGCCACCCGAAAAAAUUUAUCAAUUCAAGUGUAUGCUACAUUUAGAAUAUUUUCACUGCUUUAUCAUACAGUCCUCUCCAAUGGUGAACUUCAGCAUUUGGCCAGGCUCAUUUUAACUCACAGAACCUGGGAGCUGCUGGUCUACAGCUGCCUCGAUCGAUGUGUUUGUUUGUGUUGUGUGACUUUGGUAAAUCUGAACUAACCCUUCAAAAUACCAAAGUCACACAAAAACAAACUGAUCGAAGCACUGGUAGACGAGCAGCUCCUGUUUUUGUCAAGAGUCUGGUGGCUUUGAGGAGAGCGUAGAUAACGGCUUGAGUUCCCCGUUGGAAAAAGCUGACUGACAAGAUUAAGAGGGGAAGAUAUUCCAAAAUGUGGCGUACAAUUAAAUCGAUUUUGAUUUUUUUUUAGUUGGCUAAAUUACUUUUUGUUGCUGCCCCUGUGCUCCGAGUUAGUACUUCUGUCUGCUUCUCCAAACAGGGACAUGCUGACCGACAUUAACUGCAUUUAAUACACUGACCAUGGUUAAGUACCUCAUAUAAUCUUACUUCAAAAGAUCCAGACUGUCCCAUUUAAGAAGUUAAACCUCUGGAUGUAGCGUCACGUAUGGACUGCGGUUACAUUUCCUCAAGUGACUGUUUAUCUGUAAUUAACUGUUUUAUACUCGGUAUACACUAUAGAAAGAUUGUUUACAUUGAGAUGUUGUCACACUUCUGUUUUGGGCACAGGUUGCUCACUGGAAGGAAUUAACAGCACAUAUGUUCAGUGUCAUUGUGGAAACCACUUACCUUAUCUCAUUGCCAGCGCUGAAAGUGACCAGCAGGCAGAAAAAGCAAAAUGCCACUUUUAUAAUAAACAAUCUAAAACUAGCAA